UAACCAACCUCCAAGAACUGAGUUAGCACCAAGGACAGAGAACAAGUGUAGUCCUUUGUGACUACACAGGAAUCCAGUUCCUAGGACAGCUAGAGGCAUCCUCCAUACCCUCCUCAAUCGCUAGGAGCAGCUCAACCGCUUUGCAACGAAAAGAACAUUUCUUGGCAGGGUCCAGAGAGAUGGAACACAGAGGCAGCUUCCAGCUCCUGAUGACCCUGACCCUGUUGGGGGUUCUUUACUCACAAGCCUUGGCAUUGCCUCUCCUGGGAACAUAUUCUGCUAUGAGGCUUGGCCACACAUUGCCAUUUGAUGUGGCAAAUGAGCCUGAUCAAACUCAAGAUUCUUUAAAGUCUGACACUGACAUUUUACAAAGCUCAUUACCAGAAAAUGACAAAUCCUAUAUCGAUGCAUCCAGAAUGAUGGACAGAAACACCAGGCAUGCUGAUGGACUUUUCACCAGUGGCUUUAGCAGACUCUUAGGUCAGCUUUCAGCAAAAAAGUAUCUGGAAUCCCUUAUUGGGAAAAGAGUAAGCAAUAACCUUCCCGAAGAACAUGGACAAGCUAAACGCCACUCUGAUGCGGUCUUCACUGACAACUACACCCGCUUUCGGAAACAAAUGGCUGUGAAGAAAUAUUUAAAUUCUGUUUUGGCUGGAAAGAGAAGUGAGGAAGACUCUGCCAACCCACCGGAAGAUUCAGAGAUGAAUGACCCCAACCUCUCCGAAAAUGACGAAGAUGCGCUUAUAGCAGAGCUGCUGCAUCACUUCCUAGUGAGUUCUUGAAGGAGAUCUAUGAUGAACAGAAAUUCCUAUUUUUUGAGAUCUACACAAGUAGUUCAGAUAAAUGGCUUCAAUAU